UCUUUUAUGGCCCAAUUCAUCUAUCGCCGUUCCGCAUUCGAUCGCUCGACCGGUCGCGAGCUCUCUCGAGGCUGCUCCGAUUUCUCGCGUCUCGACCUAUCGAAACUGUGCGCAUCUGCCGUGCGUCCACGGCGGCAUCUCUCGUUCUCGUGUGCGUCGAUCGUCCUCAGUCCGCACCAGGGCGCGUUGAUAUGCGUGUGUUCUCUUCCCCUCUCCUUCUCUCGGCGAGAGGAGUCGCGGAUCUCCACGACGGUGUGUUUUCAUUUCGUGACCGCGUUAUCGGGCAGGACGUAGGGCGAGUAUCGAGUUCACGCGAGUGACGAGCAAGGGAGAGGAGAGACGAUCGAUCCGUCAUUGUACAUCCGAUUCGACGUACAACAGGACGCGCGCGGUCGGUUGACGGUCGCGCGGUGACCGUGGGAAAACUCGAAAAUGUUCCCACGCUCUCGCUACGCUGCGAGUGUGUGUCGCGCGUGCGUGUGAAAUUCCACAGGGAGGCCACGGGGAAGGGUGGACGCGCGCGGGGCAGCGCGGGGGUGGCAGGCAGGAGGAUGAGCUCCCAGGGGCAGGAGCACGGACACGCGGUGGUCGUGUGGGAGUGGGAGAACCGUCACGGACGGUGGAGGCCUUACAGCCCGGCUGUGUCGCAGCAUCUCGAGCGAGCCCACUACAAGAAACUCACGCGAGUGUUCCUGAAUGAUGCGGAUCCCACUCUUGACAGGUAUUACAUAAAUUUGAAGACCAAGACACAAUGCAGCGAUGAUGGUGAUGAAACACACAAUGUGAGGAGAAAGUUUUACUUGCCAGGUUCACCGGCUGGCAAAGGAGCUAAGUGGGAAUGGGCAGGCGAUUCAGAUGAUUGGCAUACUUAUGAUAUGGAAGUGCAAUGUCUCAUAGAAGAAGCAUGGGCAAGAGGUGACAAAACUAUUGAUAUUUCCAAGACUUAUUUGGGUUUUCCUUAUAUUAUCAACUUCUGCAAUCUGACGCAAGUGAGAUGCUGUACAGGCUAUGUGAGGCCAAUAAGACGUGUACAACAAGCACCCUAUCCAUUGGUCAAAGUCGCCUUAGAGGAACUGCAAGUCACUUCUGGGAAAAGAGCUACAUCAGUUACAGUUAAGAGUUCCACUGUCAAGGUUACACACAAGAAAUCAUCUAACGGAAGUACGAAGAAAAACAACAAGAAAGGUAAAAAUGGAGAGACAAAUGGACCGACGAACAUUGCGCGUGUUAUUCUCAGCAAUUUUAACAUAUUCAGCAGUAAACAUGGUAUUGAAAAUAAUCCUGCAGCAACAAAUGUGGAAUCUGGUCAGAAGAGGAAGACUUGCGAUACAGUGUUAGAUGUUGAUUCCAGCAGCACCAAGAGCGGCCGCAGGCCAAGUGUGGAUACUGUGUCCACAUAUUUAAGUCAUGAGAAUCCGAUAGACUUGUUGGACAGCAGCAUGGGAAGCGAUGAUGCGUUCAAAGAUUCCAUUCUCGGAAUGGACACCACGUCGGAUGUGAUAUCCCAAUAUGUGAAAGUAGUUGAGAGCGAUGGUUCUGAUUCCUGUCCAGUAUGCCUGAGCACUCCAGAGCCGUUGACUGUCGAGCUAACACGUUGCAGGCACAGAUUGCAUUUAGCAUGCCUGAAUGCGAUGCUCAGCUGCCAACAACUACCUAUGUAUAUACAAUGUCCAGUUUGUCGCAUGAUCUACGGUGAGAAGAGGGGCAAUCAACCACCGGGUACAAUGAAUUGGACGCGGAUACCGCGAGCAUUGCCAGGCUUUCCAAAUACUAAUACUAUACAAAUUACUUACGACAUUCCAUCCGGGAUUCAAGGUAAUGAGCACCCAAAUCCGGGUCAGGCAUAUUAUGCCGUCGGCUUUCCGAGAGUGUGUUAUCUCCCGGACAACAAUCUUGGCCGUCGUAUAUUGAGAUUACUACAGAUCGCAUUCGAGCGCAGACUAAUUUUCACAAUUGGCCGUUCGGUCACUACCGGUCGCGAGGACGUCGUCACGUGGAACGAGAUCCAUCAUAAAACCGAGCUAGGUCCAUCCACAUCUGGCCACGGUUACCCUGAUCAUAGUUACCUCGAAAGGACACUCGCGGAACUGGCAGCGCAAGCCGUGUUAUUCCUCGAUGACAAUUCUCUCUCUCUCUUUAUUUCCCUCAUUCGCAACAUCCGACGUUUUACUGACGGCGUGUAAAGAAAAUUGCAACG